UCCGCGCACGUGGGCAGCGGGUGGAGGCGCGAUCCGGCGGAGGGAAGCCCAGCUCGGAGCUCAUGGCGGAGGCUGCGGGGCGAGGAGCCGAAGCCCGGCUGGCCGCCUGCUUGGAGGAGACGCUGGGCAGCCGCCGAGGCGCCAAUCGCGUUUUCGAGAUCCUGGAGCUUCUGCAGGCUGAGGACCAGGAGAUAAUCCUGUGUGCCAUCCGGACAUGCAGCCGCCUCUUCGGAGCUUUACUCACACGGGGCGAACUUUUCGUGGGCAAACUUCCCCCUGAGGAAGACUCUGUCCAAGGAAAUUACAGAGCAGAAGAGAAAUAUAAAAUGUGGAUGAGACAUCGCUACAACAGCUGUAUCACUUGUCUGGGGGAACUGAUGGGACACGAAGCUUUCCAGGUCAAAGAAACUGCUCUUUGUACCCUGAUGAAAUUUGUUGAAUUGGAAGCCAAGCAUCCUUUGGUCAAGAAUGAAUGGAGCUUCAAUUUCCCGCGAGAGCUUUUACAAGUCGUGGUGGAGGGUCUAAUCCAGACCGAUGAGAAUUCCUCGCUCCUCAUCUCGCGUUUCCAGGAAUACAUGGAACAGGACGAUGUCCGGUUCUUUGUGAUGAAGGCGGUGGCAGAAAACCUGGGCAAAGUGAUGCCAAAGGCCAAACAGGCUCCCUUUCCGAUCUACCAAAAGAACACCUUCGCUCUCAUUUCAUCCAUCGUCAUGCCGAGUGAGGAAAGCGAGAUAAAAAAAUUUCUAGUAAAACACGCUAAUCAGGAGGAGUGGAAAGUGUCCAAGCUAAAGGAACACAGACGGGCCUUUGAGAGGAUGUGGCUUGGAUUCCUGAAAUAUAAGCUACCUGGAAGCCUCUACAAAAAAGUGUUGGUCAUCCUACAUGACUCCAUCUUGCCUCACCUGAAUGAGCCCACCCUCUUGAUGGAUUUCUUGACCGUCGCCUAUGAUGUGGGUGGAGCCAUCAGCCUUCUUGCCUUAAAUGGACUGUUUGUUUUGAUUCUCCAACAUAACCUGGAAUAUCCAGAUUUUUACACAAAACUCUACAGUCUUCUGGACCCCUCUAUCUUUCACGUAAAAUACCGUGCCCGGUUCUUCCGUUUGUUGGACCUGUUCUUAUCUUCGUCGCACUUGCCCGCAUAUCUGGUGGCAGCCUUUGCCAAACGCCUCUCCCGACUGGCGCUCACUGCCCCGCCGGAUGGUUUGCUGAUCGCCAUUCCUUUCAUCUGCAACCUCUUGAGGAGGCAUCCAUCCUGCCUGGUGCUCAUCCACAGGCCCAACGGCCCAGCAGAGAUGGUGGAGGAUCCUUAUAAGAUGGAUGAAAAAGAGCCCAUGGAAAGCAGGGCGCUGGAGAGCUCCUUGUGGGAAAUCAAGACGCUUCAGAACCAUUAUCACCCGGAUGUUGCCAAAGCUGCGGAAGAAAUUAACCUGCCUCUCUCUCAGAUGGAACAGGAUUUGUCCGAGAUCCUAGAACUGACAUCCUUUGAGAUAUUUGAUAGAGAUAUUAAGAAAGAAUCGAAGGAAGUUCCAUUGGAAUAUCAGCCAGCCCGAGGCCUCUUUGGGAAAAAAGAUGAUCUCUUUGCAGAAUACUUUUCACUGGAAUGACUGCCGGUUGAGAGUUGGUUUGUUCUGAAUUUCAACAUUGGCCAGCAGAGAGCAGCAAAAUGACUGUCGGAACUUUUAAGGGGGGGGGGGGGAAUCCCAUAGCUAAUAGCAAGAAGACAAUGACCAGAUUGUUGUUAGUUGGGAAGUUGUGUCCAACCCACUGCGACUCCAUGGACAACAUUCCUCCAGGCCUUCCUGUCCUCUA